AUGGAGCCCAACAACAAUGCCAACACCAAACCGACAGGAGGAAGGUCGCCGGCGGGGGUCUAUGGAGUCUUGGCCGAGCCAGCAGAGCUGUCGGUGAUGCGGGUGAACCAGCUGGAUGCCGGCGUGCUAGAUACGGAGCUGCACAGCUUGUUGAAGACUCAGCUCGGGCGAGCCUGUUCGGGGCUUCCUGCGGGAACGCUGGAACGCUUCAAACCCGAGGUGGACGCUCUAUUCAACCUGCUGAUGUUCCGCUUCACGGUCUGGGUGCACCGCCCGACCCCGGGAAUGCACCUGCAGGGUCUGAGGUACCGUAGCGAGCGCGGUCGAACCGCGGGGGCCCCUUCCGCCACCGCUACAGGCGGUUCUGCUGCUGCUGCUGCUGCUGGCGGUUCUUCUCCGCUCGCGUCGGGGUGGGAGGGGGGCGAGGGAGGGGCGUUGGGCCAUGGGGGGCCUUCGAACACACCAGAAGGGGGCGCGUCGUCAACAUCGACUUUCCCGGGGUUGGCAUCUACGGCGCCCCUCCCCUGCUGGGGGGACGCCGCUCCCACCCGGGCGCAGCGCCUUGUGCACGGGCUGCUUAGCGUCGGCGUGCAGUGGGGGUUUGCGAGGCUGCGGCGGCAUGGACUGGUCCACGGGUGGGGCGGGGAGGACGCGGGGAGUGUUCGCCGAGUGGCCUGGCAUGUCCUGGGUAGGCUGGAGACUCUGUUUCGCUUGGCCUGGAUGGUGAACCUGCUGCUUUUCCUCAAGAGCGGCAAGUACGCUACGCCGGUGGACCGCCUGGUGCGGAUGCGCAUGGUUCACGACCGCGCAGACCCGGGCCCCCGGCCAAUCAACUACCAGUUCCUUAACCGCAGGCUACUCUGGGAUCACUGGGCCAAGAUGGCCUACGUCGUGGCCCCUCUCAUAAACUGGGGCUCCGUGAGGAGGGCAGUGUCGGGGGGGGCGGGACGCUUGAGAAGAGAAGCCCGCGCGCUCGGCAUAUUUGGGGGCAGCAGCGGCGGCUCCGGCAGGGUGUCGGCAAGAGGGCUGGGGGCGGAUGCUGCUCCUGCUACGGAAGCAGCGGCGGCGGAGUUGGUGCUCACGGCGUGCGCGGAAUGUGGAGCCAACCCGGCGAAGACUCCUUACGUGACGGGGUGCGGCCACGUGUUCUGCUACUACUGCGCGAGGGUGGCUUGCACGGUGGACCCCCGAUACACCUGUCCGCGCUGCGGGGAGUACUUCGCCACGUCCCGUCGAUGGUCCCAGCCGCGGUGACCCCGCACGGGCAGUAGAGGUCCCUGUUUAGUGCCGGUGAUUAGUGCCGGUGCCCGGUAUAGUGCCGAUGCUUUAGGCGGGCGCGCACUGAAUUUUCAACAGCCAUUCUCAAUACUUUGAAUAGUGUUGGUUUGGUACAGUGCCCGUGAAUUUUCUUGGCGAAUACCGACACUGCACUCCCCUUGCACAAGGCGUUGUUGGAUGGCGGGGACGUUUUCGCGCCCACUUGAUUGCUUGUGUAGGCAGGCCUUGUUGCGUUUGCGGCUGUAUACGAUCUUAGGCCAAGCAUGCGGUCUCGUCUUUAGCCGUGUUUAUCUGUGUUUUACUUAUGAGUCGGUCGCGGACUGACUAUUUUUUCCACCUUGGAGGUGAUUUUUGUGGUGUGCUUGGUUGCCCAAUAUGUUGUCCCAGAAUGUAUUUAUUUAUCGU